GGAGUUACCUGUUCACUCAAAACAGCAGGAAUUAAAUCACUGUUCUGGAACCCUUUUGAUCUUAUUGUAACUGUUGCGAGCUCGUGCCUGUUUACAGACUUCAGAAACGUCCCAUGUUCUAAUUCCCUCCGUUUUUUUUUUACCGGGGGCGUCCCUGGUCGUUACGCGCGUUACGCAGGCGGAAGCGCGCGCGGGGGGAAGGAGUAGCUUAGGAACGCUCUGAGCGCGUCCACAGGGAGAACCGCAGAGGCUCCAGCUCCUGUUCUGACUCAAACUCUGGGAAUUUGAGCUUUAAAUCAGCGCCCUCUCACAUUUAAACUCAUAUUUAGACUUGAAUCCGGAUUGUGAUGCGAAUUGUGAGAGAGAGCUGAGUGUCUGAGAGGGGAAAGAUGCGAGCUGGGGGUCUCGGGGGUCUCCUCACCCUGUUUACUGCCCUGUUCCUGUGGUACCCUACAGCUGUUCGAUCUUCUGACCUUCCGCCUCUGUAUAAUGUGACUGUGAUGUGUGACAGUUAUGGAGUUGUGGUGAGCUGGGAGUCUUCUCAUCAUCAGCAGCAAUUCAUUCUGGCUCUCAAAUCUAACAAACAACAAAAGCCCAACGGUACAGUGAUACGUAUUAAUACGAGGGAAACUCAAUACAACAUAUCAGAGCAUCUGCUGGACCCGGCCUUUAAUAGAUACCUAGUGGACGUGCAGACGGAGGAUGGCAAAUAUGCAGAUUCCAAAGUAUUCACUUAUAAUAGUAAGCAAGAUGGCAUACAGUGUAAUCUUACGUUUCCUCCAGUCGAGCUGAUACCAGGAGACUAUCAGCUGACGGUUAAGUUCAGAAACCCUUUCCAUCUCUACAGAGACACGCCGGCUCUACGACAACUACAAAAAGAAGACAUCCUAAAGUUCUCCAUCUGCCCCAACAAGACCAGCCGCUCAACAGACUCAUGUGUGAAACAUUCCUUUAGGUGCACUCAGGAUUCGGACACGUGUGAGGGCACCGUACCGUUUCCAAAAGAACAGGAGGAAUACUGCGUUACCCUCUCCGGAUCCAUCAGGCAAACCUACGUCCAGGAAACAGAAAGCUGUUACAGAGGCUCCCUGAAGCCCAGUAUCCCAAUCACUGUAUACAUCAUUCCAGUGUGUGUGCUCCUGGGAAUCGGCCUCAUCAUAGGGUUCAUGAUGUUUUUGGCAAAGAAAAUCAACAAGAACAUCAAGGAGAAGAUUCGCUCUAAUCUCCCAGAUUUCCUGGUAGAGACAUCGUACACUCACCCUUUCAACACUUUGAUAGCGGGGCCGGAACCUGUGGAGAGAAAUCCCCUGGUGGAACCAGUCAUCAUAAUUCCCAUCAGGCUCGACCUACCAGCCAAUACGCGUUCAUGUGGGAGUCUGAUGGAUCUUGAAGACGAUCCCGGGAGGACGCGUGCCGUCUGCGUGCAGGAAGCAGAAGUUGUUGUGGAAGCUGAGGAACGUAAAGAUGAGGCGAUAGGCGGCUUGGAGACGGGUUACGACAUGCCCCACGGCCCCCUGUUGGAGAGGAGGGCAGAAUUUAGCCCUGGGGACUUUGUGAACACUUACAAUACGUAACGAGCAUAACGUAUAAUGAGAACCUCCCUUUUUCUACACCCAUGAUUCAUUCUUUCAGUGCUUAAGAACUCCAGCAGCACGUCCGUGUCUGAGACACUUAACACCACCACAAGAAGCAUAACUCAGUAUAGCACAUUUUUAAUGCACGCCACACGCAAGGGGAGUGAGUGCAGUUAGAUGGAGCCCCUUGGAGAUCAGAUCUGAGCGUCUUAUCUGCUUGUGACACUGCAGUGCAGUGGUGGUCUAUUCUGAGGGCUCCUGACAAAUUGAAGAACAGGGUUAAAGGAGGAUAAUAAUAAUAAUAAUAAUAAUAAUAAUAUAAAAGUAUGCAGAAAAACAAAACUAUAAAUUGUACUGCAGUGGAGCUAAACAAAUGGAAGCAUUUUUGGUCCUAAUAAUGUGGUCAUAAUGCUGCCCCCAUAAAUAACUAUGCUAAACAAUAUUAAUUGUCAUUUUAAUACUAUUUUACUACAAAGCAUUGACACAAUGACAAAUAUAAUAAUUCAGAAUGCAUAAAGUAUUUUUGCAUUAUUUAUAAAGAGCUUUUUAGUUUUGCUUUAACAUGUUCCAUAAUAAUAGGCUCUCCUUAUAAAGUAAACACUAUUGUAAAAAAAAACUGGAAUUAGCUAACUUGUACAAUAGGUUGAUAGUGUAAUUAUUUUAUUAGUGACUAAUAAAGCCUAAUAAUAAAUAUCUACAGUUUUCAGUAUCAUAUAACCACUUAUCUUACACUACAGAUAUGGAGAAAACAGUUAAACAGUUAAACACAAAAAGAAGGAUAACUUAUUACAACACAUUUUUUUUUUAAUGCACGCCACUCGCAACGGGAGUGAGUGAUUUAGAGAUCAGGAGCCUUAUUGCAAGGUACACCCUGCACAAGGGUGCAAAUGGCGUUAAGUGAGGUGUGUUCAGGUUAAUUUCUGACGUGUUGCUAUAUAUAUAUAUUUUGGCGACAGAAAAUACAGGUGUGCCACUGACUAAUUAAAACCCUGACAACAGUCAACAGUCAGCCGUUCAAUCACAUCUUAGCCAGACAGGAGUGCGUGGCUCCGCAAGCCCUCUGAGAAAAUUACAGGCUGAAUUAUCUACCAUUUAUCUCUGAAUUUGUUUGUCGUGGUCCUCCGGUAAUUUUAGUCCUGUCCGGAUCCAAAUCUGUGAGUUUCGUCACCUCACGUUUAAUAAAAUUGCUAUUUGUCCACUGCCACGCACUGUAAUUACACUUUGGGCCCUCGUUUCCACGGAGAAGCACAUUAAAAACACAACAGCGAGUGGAAAUGGAGGAGCUACUAAACGCGAUGUCAUGUGACCGAGAAAGCCUUAAAAAAAUAAAAUAAAAUCACCGGU